UCAUAAUCACGUAGCGGGUGUCGAGUGGGGAAAGGGAAGUGAGGGAAUGAGGAUAUUAUAUGACAUAUUUGAUAACAUGUCAACUUCUGUGUGUGUGGUUGAAGGAGCAGUGACAGGUGGCGUUAGGGAGGGAGAUGGAUGGAUGGCUGGCUGGCUGUCUGCAGUGUUUUGGUCAGCACUGGUCAGUCAGUCUUGCCCACACGCCCCAUUGACCAGUGUUUCCGUUUUCCCAGCAGCUUCUCCCUGCACCGAGCACCGCCAAGCAGCACCAGAGUACGUAAGAUUCCUCAAGACCUCUUCAUCGACAUCGUAGAGGCCAAGAACUUCCUUGCCUGUGCACUGACCGGUCUCUUCGCCAACACUGAGGACAGCACCACCUGCCUGCCAUCUCCCUUGGUCCUCAAGGUUUGUCACUUCAAGGACCAUCUCUCUCUGCCAAGUUCAAGUGGGAUCUGACACUUGGGGACGAGGAAGGCUCGUCACUUCAAGGACAAUCUCUCUCUGCCAAGUUCGAGUGGGAUCAGACACUUGGGGACGAGGAGGAGUAUGCGCUGGUGGUGGCCAUCAUGACUUGAGCUGCUGGAUUGAUGUCAUCAAUAGGAAGUGUGAUGUUGAAGCCAUUGGGUGUGUCGUUGUUGAUUGUUGCAGGCUGCUCUUCGACUGGGAAGGCAUUAAAAGGAUUGUUGGCAUCACCAGAAACCAGGCUUCUCCCUGCACUGAGCACCGCCAAGCAGCACCAGAGAGGCACGAGUACGUAAGGUUUACAUUCACUGUCUGCUGGGAAGGCCACCAGGGUGGACAACAUCCUCAACAAGUUCCUCAGAUGUCUCCUAGAUUCUCUGGCCCACUUCCUGAAUGUCUUCAGUGCCAGCUGGAUGUUGGGGAUGUUCCUCUAUCUCUAGCCCUGGCAAGGACCCUUCAGAACCUUUCUCAUACAGGAACUGUGAAUUUGACAAGAGGCUGUAAAUGAUAUGGCAAGUUUAACCACUAAAGGACUAUAGGGAGGUAUGGCCUUUUACUAGUUAAGGGCCACAGACAGUCAUAACUGCUUUGUGACUUUUACACUAAAUUUAGCUACUUUUUGUCAAUUUUUUAUAGUUCAAUCUUUGGCAGUACUACCUGCAAGCUAGUUAGGCUAAUCUCUGUCUCUGCCCUGCUCUUACUAUGGCCAAAUGCAGCGAGUGAUUCUGACAAGUCUGAUUCCAUGCCUGCUUCUUCCUGGUCUUGCACCUCAAUGCUCACAUGCUCACACUUGGCUACUUGCUACACAUCUUAGUGAGAGUGCAAUAGGGUAGGAACUUGAUAAAACUGUUUAGUAUGUGUGGAAAGAGCUCAGGUUACCUGUUUUUCAUGAAGUGCAAGCCAUAUCCAGUCAAGCGAAACAGUGCAUGGCAGACAAGUGACUUGCUCCUCUUUAACUCACUCACUUUCCAUAACCAUUGCACAUUGAGACAGCUGGAUGGCUUUGUUAGAAAGAGGAAAACCUGAUGCUGAAUUCAGUUUAUUUCAUUCACUCUUCUGUUGCAGGCUAAAUUUAAGGUGUGUGUGAAUACAGGCAAUUUUUGAUGUUUAGUGCUGGAGGGCUAGUCCUAGUGGGAUGAAAAUCACCACCACUACCACUUCUUUAGGGAUUAAUAAAGAAUGAAAGAAGAAUGGUCAUCAGUAUCUUUUAAAAGAUGUUAAUGUAUGUAUGCAUGAUAUCUCACCUUAAUGACUUUGCUUGGUAUCCAAGGCAGAAUGUUUCUCAUGUGAGAGAAUGAUGAUUCUAAUACUUGGAGCAAGCUCAUGGCUGUCAGGAUCACCUGCAAAUUAAAGGAGACAUUGUGAUAUUACAGUAAAUCCUUCAUGGUCACCAUUCUGAGUCAAAAUUCCACGUGUCAUAACCUCUUGCAAAAAGGCAAUUUUCUGCAAAACCAUUAAACAGUUAGUACUAUGCUGACAAAACCAAGUCAAGCUAGACCAAACUUGGCACAGCCUAUACAGUAAUUACUUGAUGCUAGAAAGGGCUGCUGGUUGAAGGCAGGAAAGUUCAUCCCUUUGCAAUAUGGCACCUCCCUGAUGUAAUCUUUCUUUUUGUGGUCUCAUCAGAACUCCUAUUACUUAAUUUUCUUUGUACUUUUUCUCUUUUCUUACAAGAACUUUUAUAUUUUUAGUUGUUUCAGUGUUACUGUUGUUUUUAAGGAGCUCACCAGUACAUUUUUUGUCCAUGAUCACUUGUCUCCUUUGUUCUUUAUAUCUCUUCCCUUGUCCUUGCUAUCAGUCAGUUCCCUUUUCCCAUAAACCAGCCAAGCUGCUGCAGGUUAAUAUAAGUUGUAUGAGGAUGCUGCAUGAUGCAUGUGGCUGCAAGGGUGAGAACAAGAAGGCUUCCUCAAUCUUGCUCUCUUGCCCCUCAGCAGCCAUUUACAUCACAUUACAUGACAUAGCACCUGCAUAUAAUCUUUGUUUACCUGCAGCAACUUUGUUCAAAAGAAAAUGGGAUGGAAUAAUAACAAGGAUAAGCCUUCAGCAGCCAUGUCCAUCACAUUACAUGACAUAACACCUGCAUAUAAUGUAUAUUUUGGUGGAUAAGAUGACCCCCAAAUUUCAGUCUGAAUUUAAUGGUUUUAGCUGAUAUAAGUGCUAGAAGACGACACCCAAUCUACCAAACAGUCUGUGGUGAAGUGAGCACCAGACAACUGAGACAGUGAUAUACCAGUACAAUGAGAGAGAGAGAGAGAGAGAGAGAGAGAGAGAGAGAGAGAGAGAGAGAGAGAGAGAGAGAGAGAGAGAGAGAGAGAGAGAGAGAGAAACUGCAUGGGGGGGAGGAGUGUUUGCAAAGGCUACAACAUACCUACUUUCAACCACAACCAAACCAGCUGCCUUUCUUAGCUUCAUGUCCUCAGAGCAAGGUGUAAAGGGAGGAGGCUAUAGACCAGACAGGUUGAAACUAAGAAUGUGUCUGGAUGACAGGUUUUCAAGGAUCUUUAUAGUGAAGUUUCACAAACUGGAAUUUGGAAAAGUCAGUAAAGGCUGAGAAAUCCUAUUAUGCUGACUUGCUGUAUUAUCUGAGUUGUUAAUUAGUUUUCAUUUCUGUAUAAGAGAUUUUUAUUUAAUGUAUUGUAAAACAUUGCCACAAUAAAUAAAAAGGGAUAGAAGCAGAAGACUGGGAACCCCUUCCCUGAGGAACUUUCUAUUUAUUUUUUUGUAAAGGAUGUUAGGAAAUUCCUCUCUUUAUGCCACCUUGCAUAUGCAUUAAAGGUCAUGCCAUGG